CGCUCUCCCGGAAGUGCCGCUGAAUAACGCCGGGGGCGUGUCUUCAGGCUUUUCCGCGUGUAGGUACCUGUGGAACGCGGGACCUUUGCUUCUGGCGCGGUUGUGUCCCUUGCAGAGGCAGUUUUACUUUCUUUGGCGGGAGACGAGAGAUUGUCUGCAGGUCCGGAACGUGAGGCCGUCUCGGGGUGUCUGGCGCGGCGCGAUGGAGGUAGUGGAGGCUGCCGCCGCUCAGCUGGAAACCCUGAAAUUCAGUGGCCCUGGCUCUGGGGUUGACCAUGGUGCAGAGGUGCCGUCUCCGGACUCAGUUCCCGCGCCGGGGUCGCAGCCGCCGCUGCAGUCGGAAGAGGGUUGCCCAGACCGUGAGCAGGCCGUGGAGGCUAAGCCUGCAGGGGAGCAACCACCACCGCCUUCCCCGAGCCCUGCGCCCCAUCCUGCGCCAGAACUGCAGCGCUGCGGGGCCUGCAUCACCGGCCCGGCCGCCACCGGGCUGGCGCAGACCCCGCUCUCCUCGGAGACCUCGGACUCGGACUCGGACUCAGACUCGGACUCUGACAGUGAAACAGAUUCAGAUAGUUCAAGCUCCUCUUCUUCCUCAUCAUCUUCUUCCUCAUCUUCCUCUUCCUCUCAUAUAUCACUUCCUCCAGUGUUGUCUGAUGGAGAUGAUGAUUUACAAGUUGAAAAAGAAAAUAAGAAUUUUCCUCUUAAAACAAAAGAUGAAUUACUUCUUAAUGAGCUGCCUUCUGUUGAAGAACUCACUAUUAUUCUGCCUGAAGAUAUUGAAUUAAAACCUCUUGGGAUGGUUUCAAGUAUAAUUGAACAAUUAGUAAUAAUUGAGUCUAUGAAUAACCUACCUCCAGUUAAUGAGGAAACUGUGAUUUUUAAAAGUGAUCGACAAGCAGCAGGAAAGAUAUUUGAAAUAUUUGGACCUGUUGCACAUCCGUUUUAUGUGUUACGAUUUAAUUCUUCAGAUCACAUUGAAAGUAAAGGUAUUAAAAUCAGGGAGACUAUGUAUUUUGCUCCAUCAAUGAAAGAUUUCACCCAAUAUAUAUUCACAGAAAAACUAAAACAGGAUAGGGGGUCAGAUGCAUCAUGGAAGAAUGAUCAGGAACCACCACCAGAUGCCUUAGACUUCAGUGAUGAUGAAAAAGAAAAAGAAGCCAAACAGAGAAAAAAAUCUCAGAUUCAAGGCCGGAAAAAACUCAAAUCUGAAUUUAAUGAGCCAGGUGAAGAUUUUGCUGAAGUUCAUCAGAAUUGGAAUGCUUAUAGCCCUUCUUCAGAACAUUCAAAAGGAUAUCGCAACAGGGAAUUCACACGAGGAUUUUCUAGGGGUAGAUACCCUCGAUCUUGCCACAGCAGGCCUCCAGCUCAGCAGUUUUAUAAUUCAGAACAUAUGGUAUCUCAAGAGACUUUGGGAUUUCCACCUCAGAGACAAGAUAAUCCUAUUAUGCCACAAUACCCCUUUCCUCCGCCUGUGUUUGACAUGCAUAACUUUCCACUCCCUCCACCACCUCCAUCUGUAAACAUGGGUUGGGCUGCACCUAACAUGGCACCUCAUCCAAUGCUUAACUUACCAUACUCCUUGCCCCCGCCUCCCCCUCCUCCACCACUACCUCCUCCACCCACUCCUGGAGAUAGUAAUUCUUCUCAUUUUGGAUCUUACUAUUAGGUGCAUGUAUGCAUUUCCAGCGAAAUGUAAACUUCUCAUAUGCUGAGGAUUUUUUUUUAAGGAAAAGAAAGUGAUUAUGGAACUAGAUUUUUAAAAACACUGUAAAAAUACUAAAUGUUUCAGUUGUAAGUUGAUAUAUAUAUUUGUAACUUGUGAAAUUGUAUUCAUUGGAAAAUUUCAGCUUAAAUAUUUGGGGUGAAAUCCAAUUAUGUAAUAUUUAAUUAAAACUUUGAAUCAUGCUUUCCCCCACCUAAUAGACCAUAUAUAUAUAUAGUCUUCGAUAUGGAACAGAUUCCAUCAUGAAUUAAAAUAUACUGAACACUCAAUUGCCUUUUUUGGUAUAAUCUAAAAAUAAGAUGUUGAAGUCCUAUUGAGAGUCUUUAAAAAUAAACUAUUUUUAUAAACUUAUACUUUUGGAAUUGAUUUUGAUUUUAAAUGCAGUUUAGCAGUAAUUGUUUACAUAAAUAAUUUUUUAAAAGCAAUUGAGUAUAUAGAGGAGGAAAAUUAUCCUGGCAGAAGCUCUGACUAUAACUAAAGUUAAUAUUUAUUAAUUAUGCAUAGGUAAGCUUUCAUUAUAUAUGCAGAUUUCUAUUUAGAAGCAUUUACUAUUUAACCACUUUCACAUUAAGAUGUAUUUAGGAAUUAUGUCUUCCAUGUUUUCCCAGAUUUUCACAUACCUGGCACAGAUUAGGUGCUUGAUAAAUAUUUAUUGAAUGACUGAAGGAGUUGAGAGUUUUUAAUUAAAUAAGUGUGGCUGUUACUUUACAUCAAGUGUAUAUGUAUGGGAAAUGAUGGAAUUUUAGAGCUAAAUUAGUCUAAACUAUUUUUCAUUUAAUAAAUGAGCCUUACUAAGGGUUUCAAAAGUCUCAGUAAUUUAAGGUCAUUUAGCUACUGAGAUAGCAAGAAGUUGAACCUAGGUUUUUCCCUCAGGUUAGCACUUUCAUUAAAUUGAUACUUCACAAUAUUUUCAUUCCUUAACAUACUUAGAAAAUAUUUAUAUAUAUUUGUGUGGCACAUGAUCUGAAAGCCACUUAUCCCAAACCCAUGGACUUACCUUGCAUUGAGAUCCCACCUUUCCCUGUAAACUAAGGGAACUCUGCAGGAUUUUUUAGUACACAAGUUGAGAAGUGCCACCUUGGUAUACUUGGACUUGAUCCUAUUUGUAUUUUCCUCAUUUUUCCUUCCUAAAAUGUUUUUGUAACUUCUCUUUAGAAGUUUGCUUUUUAAUUUAUGACAUUGCCUUUUUCUGGUUGGUAGAUGUGUCUGGUUAUAGAAAUAAAUGAGAUUAACCCAUGUUUUCAUUUAGUUUGGUACCUUUAGCCACUUAGGCCCAAUAUGCCUCUCUUCCUGUAGUUGAUUCAGGGCUUUUGCAACUUUGAGGUACCUAGAAAUACCUGAGUAGUUUGUUAAAGAUAACAUUCUUAUACUUUAUCUCCUGAAUUUGUUCUUAGUUUGCAAAUAUUUUAGGAUAAAUAAAUUUCUUCAACUUUGUGCCCAUUCAUUCUGGAACUUCAUUGAGUUCUGUUUGGCUAGUAGUAGAGAUGUGGGGUUUGUGGCAGCAAAAAAAAAAAAAACUUAAACCACAGUGGGUGGGGGGAUUUGUAUCUUUGGUCCUCUUUUGUCAACUACAUUUGUCUUUGGAGUUUAAAAAGAAGAAUCCAACUACUAUGAUUUUAUUGUUUUCCUCCCAAAAUGCAUGUGUUUAAGCUUAAUGCCCAUCGUAGGAGUGUUAAGAGAUGAGACCUUUGGGGAUGCUAUUGUAUCAUGAAGGCUUCAUUCAUUAGUGGAUUAGUGCCUUAUAAAAGGCUGGAGGAUUGAGGGCUGCCUUAGUUCUCUUGUGCUCUUCCAUUUCUCCCACUGUGUGAGGACCCCAUGUUCUUCCCUGGCAAGGAUGGGGCAAUGAGACACCACCUUGGAAGCAGAGCAGGCCUCACCAGACACCAAAGAGGCUGUUAUCUUCAUGUUGGCCUCCCUGCUUCCAGAACUGAAAACUGAAUUUCUAUUGCUUAUAAAUUACCCAGAGUUUGGAUUUUGUUAGAGGAGCAUGAAGACUCCAACUGUAAAAUGGCUACCUAAGCUAGUUUUUUUUUUUUUUUUUUUUAAAGAAGAAUAACUGUUUCUUCCCUUCCUUUUUCUAGAAAAGAUGGGCCCAUAGUAACUUACUAGAAAUAGUAAGGCAGUUUUAGAACUUAGCCACAGGACAUAUCUUACUUCAUUCUGUGCUGCUGUAACCGAAUACCCCAGACUGGGUAAUUUACAAUGAGCUGAAGUGUAUUGGCUCACAUUUACAGAGCCUGGGAAACAUAUCAAGGUGCUCACAACUAGCCAGGGUCUUACUGCUAACUGCUACAUAAGCAUGUGGCAAAAACAAGCUGAUCUAUACCAUCAUCAAUCUUAUUCAGAAAGUGGAGCACACCCUCUUAGGCUAAGAACUCUUAGAAGUCCCACAUCUUAACAUUCCCACAAUGGCAAUUUCAAUGUGAGCUUUGGAGGGGACUAACAUGUACAUUUUAUAAAAGCAAUAUUUUGUAUGGUUAUGUCAAAUUGUCAUGUGUCUGUGUAGUGAUAACCGUAAGUUAUCAAUACUAAAGGGACAUGGGAGUAACGUGAAUCAUAAGCCCCAGCAGGUUGUCUGUAUGGAAGUCUUGUUUGGGGCAAUGAGAAGUAUAGCUCGCUUUCUCAUUCUCUUUCGCUUUUCCCAUCCACGUUGUAAUUUUUACACUCUACAUACACACCUACUUCUUCCUGUGCUACUUUAUGUAGCUUAGUUAGAGCUGGUGAUGACAUAUAUUUUUAAAAACUAAUAUGUCAUUUUGGUGAGUAAGAAAUGAGUAGAAUUCUGAGUUCCAAUUCACUGGAACUUUAAGGUAUGUAAUAAUUAUAAAGAGGUGAUAUUAAAAUCUUCAGGCACUAAAAAUGUUAGCAUGUUUAAGGAGGGUUUCUUAAAAUGGCAAUGAUGCUGUUGAGGGAGCAUCUCAGACAUAGUGUCAUUUUUAUUUAUUUCCUUUUAAUAAUAAUGGCUGGAAUUUCUAUUUGAUUUUAUCAAUUUAUAAAUUUAAGACUAAUUUUAAUGUCUUUAGUUCUUUUACACUAUUUCCCUUUAUUGGCUUCUGUUACAGAAAUGGCAGUCCCUCUCAACUGGAUGCCUCAAGUCAGGGAAUAUGAGCAAAAGAGAAAAAAUCCUUAAAAACAUGUCUACUUUUCACUCUUUCCUAAUCUGUGAAUCUAAUGCACCUAAGGAAGGCUUGAGAAGAUUGUUUACUUAGGACACUAUCCUUAUGUACUCAGGGUUUUUAGAAUUUUUCAAAAAUCUGUAGUCAUAUGCUUCCAUAAGUAUAGGGAAAGUAAGUUCAUAUAGUAUUACAGUCUUUAAAUAAGAGGCAAAAAGAUAAAUUAAUAUUUUAUAGAAUUAUUUAUGUGUUCAUACAAUGUGUUUAUAAAAGAUUUAUUUUGACAUUGCAUAUUUGUCAGCGUUGAUAAGCUGUGAGGUCUAAAUAUGAAAAAUAAUUUUGGUAGAAUGCAAGCUGGGAAAUUUAAAAGUAGUUAUUUAUGAGAAUUCUUGUCAGAUAAUACUGCAUUAUUCAUAACUUAAUACAUUCAGUGUAAAAAAAAACCCUACACAUUUGUGUUCUUCAGAUAAAUUGCAAAUAUUCUACUGUCUGUUUUCACUCUUCACCUAGUCUGAUCUGGAAUGUAUAUGGAUGCAAAUUAGGAUAUGAAAAAUACAUCAUGAAUGUCAAAAAUAUCUUAUGGAUAUGGAUUAUAUGAAUUAUGUUCUAGAAAAAAAACAAAACAUUUUCUGUACUGUAGUUGAAAUUAAAGUUGAAAACAUUUUCAUAAUGUUAUUUAUUGGACCAAAGUACUUGUUUUGAGCUACUACCAGCAACGACUUCUUAUUUUUGAUCUUGUGUACUAGGUACCUAAAUUGUUAUUACUGGGUUAAACAUGUACAGUUACUUAGGAUCCUGGAAAUGAGGAUAAAAUUUGUUUAUCAAAUGGUAAAACACUUAAUAAAAAAAAUUGACAAUGAAGAAAAAUGUUGAAUGCUGUGGAUAUUCUGCAAAAUUAUAUGUAUACCAUUAUAUGUAUGAUAUCUAUCUGUAUGUACAUACAUUUGAAGGCUAGUAUAAAAAGGCCUGGUUGUUGUGCAUAUUUUACUUGUUGACUACAUUUCAUUUCUGCUUAUAUUAGAUUGAUGAAAUGGGAAUAAACUUUGCAUUAUAGUA